UCAUUCAGUCUCCUUGCGGCCUCAGCCCAGCCGGGCUGCACAUCUUAAGAUAUUGUCCAUUUUCAAUUUCUGUAUCUCUAUCCUUCAGUCUGUGUAGUGGGCCAAGAGCUUGUUUGUUAUUUGUUGUAACCACAGCAUCUUGUCCUGCUCUACGUUCAGCUGCCGUCGAUAUCAACCUAACCAAGCCACAAAUCGCCAAAACACAUUACCCCUUUAAGCCGGCCUGCACCUCCUCUUGCUACCAGAUUAGUGGUGAAACUCUGACUUUUGCAACCAACAAUUUUGCGUCCCCCAGGAUGUCGGGAAGUCAUCGGAACAGCCAGAAAUUAAAUUUUGUGAGCGUGCUCGUCGAGCCGGGAAGGGAAACCGGAAUCUUUUAUAUCCCCGUCGCGAACCUCGCUCGUGGUACGACAUGGAGGGAGUUGAGAGCAUUUGUCGAAAAGGGUGCUCAAUGCGUCGUGGACCGUGUCGAAGUCUACCCUCCAGACAGUGGAUAUGUGCGGGUAGCCGAUGAGGCGAGCUUUGAUAGAGUAUUCUAUUUUCUGAAUGGGGGAGUAUUGAAGGAGCGGGGCUUGAUCGCCUUUGAUGGGAACAGGACCGAGAAAGUCGCCGUCAAAGUUCAGGAGGAUGAUCCCCAAUUCGCUAGCAUUGUCUCUUCACCCAAAUCCCCCAGCGCCAUGGGUACUCCCAUCCAAGGGGGGCUGCCCCUAGUCUCCUACCCUGAACCGUUCCCAGGCUCUCCGCAGGCCGGUGUGAGCUACCCCGGUGUGGCUGCCGGGAGCAACCCCGGGUUGCAAUACACGACGACCAGUUCCUACCAAGGAUAUGGUACCGGCUCGCCCCUGCAGUACCACACCAGUCCCCAGCUUGCCAGCCCGGGACUUCCCAGCCUUGGCGUGUCCUCCCCUGCGAGCUACCAGUACACAUACUCGCCUACCGAGCAAUACAGCCAAGUCUAUCCCAUGUACACGGGAGUUGCCGGCACUGCCGUGGCCCAGUGUCCGGGUGCAGAAUUUGGGUACGGCUUGUACGACUCCUAUUCCCAGCAGGCCCAGCCCUGGCCCGGCCAGGUGACGGCCGUGGAAGCAGCCGGCUACGGCAACACGGCUCUUGGCGGCGGCCAGUUCGGCGACCCCGACAAGCGAGCAAUCAUGAUCAAAAACAUGUCGUUCGACGGACUGAACGAUGCGAAGAUACGGGGAUACAUCUACAACCACGUCUCGCAGGAUGCCGGGAACAAGGUACAGAGUGUCGAGAUCCCAGCCCAGAGAUCCGCCGUCGCCACCACCGCCGCCGCCAUCAUCCUCGUCAUCUGCAUCCGCUACUAGCAGCGGGAAGCCAGCGAUUGCUCACGGAACUAAUCUGGCGAGCGUGUCUCGUGGCAGCAAGAAAUCGCGAGCCUGACUGAAAGAAAUAGCCCAUUCCCUCUAUCGGUAAUCACCACAAAACCGCAUUCUUAUCCCUUCUUAUAUAUCUACUUGCUUCUUUCCUUUCUUCACUCCUUUACAACGUAUAUUUCUAUCUCCCUCUUUUGGAAAAACUUACCAGUCAGCGUUUUUACAUACACACGAGUAUCACCAAGGUACCUUACCCAUCCCGAAUGUAAUAAACACAUCCCCGAUCAAUCCCCCUUUCCCUCCCUGGCCCCCGUUUUUAGACGCGGCCCUUCUAGCCACGGAGAGAGAAAAAGAGCUAUCGAUUCGAAUUUGGCAAAGAUGGUUUCA